GAAGGCUCACAUGGAAUAAACUAUUGAAGUUAAAGCAUGCAUUACUUCAUAUAUAACUUUAUAUAAACAAGCCAUAGUCUUCUUCUUCCUCCUCCUCCGCCUCUUCUUCUGUCCAAAUUAUUCUCCGGUGACGGUGACGGUGACGGUGACGAUGCCGACGACAAAGGACUUCAACCGGAUAAAGCUCGACGGCCGCAUAUGCGCCUGCCUUGUCGGCUUCGUCUUCAUCAUCCUCCUCACCAUCCUCAUCAUCUAUCUGAUCCUCCAUCCAACACACCCAAUGUUCUUUCUCCAAUCUUCAUCCAUUAAUCAACUCAGUCUCUCCACCACCUCCACAAACUUCACUCUCCUCACCACCUCCCUCCAAGUCUCCAUCUCCUCCUACAACCCUAAUAAUCACAUAGGCAUCUACUACCACAACCUCCAUGCUUACACAACCUACAGAGGUCAACAGAUCACUCUCCCAACUUCAUUGCCUGGAGGAUAUCAAGGCCACCAUGAAAGCCUUGUCUGGUCUCCAUUCUUGUAUGGUACCAACGUGCCAUUAUUGGAUCUUUUAGGGAGAUCCAUGGAUGAAGAUAAGCAUGCUGGUUUGAUCUUAUUGCAAGUUAUAAUUGAUGGCAAAGUUAGAUGGAGAGUUGGGAGCUGGUUAUCAAACUACUACCACAUCACUGCCAACUGUCCUGCCUUCUUCUUCAUUGAUAGUUCCAAGCAUCAACUUUCUUUCAUGUUUGAGCAUGCAACUUCAUGCAAAGUUGAUGUCUGAUAUAAUAUAUAUAUAUAUAUAUAUCUUCAUGCAUGCACAUGUUUGAGUGUUUAUACUUGUCUGAUCUUAUAUCCAGUGUGGUGUUAAUAUUAAUUGCUGUGUGUUUUUGAUGGCUA